AGACUAAACUUGCAGUUGUUGGUACUUGGUAGUAGUUAAGACUACAUUAAAUUUUAAUAGAGAAAUUUUGUCUUUAACUAAGAAAGUAAAUAACCAAGUAUAGCAGUGACAAUAUAAGAUUCGAAUAAUUCUAUCUUUUAGUUGGAUAAUUGGUGAAGGUUCUCUUAACACUGUGCCAUCCUCGGCGACUACGACACGUCGCAGGUGAACUGGCACAACGUGUCGGUGUGUUAUGGGAACCGGGUGGCCUCGUUCCCACUAGCGCAACGCGUCAAGCAUGUCGAAGAAGCCGGCGGCGGCGCCGACGUUGCACAAGGUGAUAAUGGUGGGGUCCGGUGGAGUGGGCAAGUCUGCGCUCACGUUGCAGUUCAUGUACGACGAGUUCGUCGAAGACUACGAGCCUACCAAGGCCGACAGCUACAGGAAGAAGGUGGUGCUGGAUGGCGAGGAGGUUCAGAUCGACAUUCUGGACACGGCGGGUCAGGAGGACUACGCUGCCAUCCGCGACAACUACUUCCGCUCGGGCGAGGGCUUCCUGUGCGUCUUCUCCAUCACGGAGCCCGAGAGCUUCGACGCGACGCAGGAGUUUCGCGAGCAAAUUCUGCGCGUGAAGAACGACGACAACAUCCCUUUCCUGCUGGUCGGCAACAAGUCGGACCUCGCCGACAAGCGCCGGGUGCCGCUCGACGCCUGCCGGGAGCGCGCCGCCGCGUGGCACGUGCCCUACGUCGAGACCUCGGCCAAGACGCGCGACAACGUCGACAAGGUGUUCUUCGACCUGAUGCGGGAGAUCCGGUCGCGCAAGUCGGACGACGGCCGCGCCACCAACGGCGACGUGCGCGGCAAGAAGCGCAGGAAAAUCAAGUGCGCCAUCUUGUAGGCGCCGCCACCGCCCUCCGCCCCUCGAGAAGACCCGCUCCCGAGUCGCUAUCGUGUUUGUCGCUCGCGCUAACUGUAACGGUGUGAAUUGCCACCGAACUUUCACGGUUCGGCUUCGAGUGCUCGGCGUCUGUGUUAACUUCAUGUAAUGCACCACAAACUUACUUUAAUUAUUAAUGAAUGUCGUCGUACUCUGUGGGAUAUGUAAUAUUUAGUCGGCCGGUCGUCCCGACGAAAGGCGCACGCGCAGGAUUGCUUUCUUCCGCUUCGGCACUUCGCGUCGGCCCUCGUCACCCGACGGCGAAGACGAUCUACUCGAAUGGGCCCGACCGGUGCCAGAAAUUAUUUAUUGCUCUGGAGCCGGAGCGCCGUGCGGCCGAUGUCGGCGGCGCCCGGCUCACGUAUCAUAAGAUAGUUUUUAUAACCGAGCGAGUGUUGUACGUAUAGAGUUAAGCGAUAAGUUAUCGAUGUAUAUUAGAGCGAUACGUUUGUGAUGAAUAAAAAUAUAUCGAUUUGCAAAA